UGUAUUUCCGUAUUUCUUCGUACUUCGUAUUAUCUUUAAUUAUUAAAGCUGAGCUUUUUAUCAUUUGCUAGACCUCCAGAUUCAAUGUAAACCCAGAUCGGAGCAUGAAUUUCAACAAAUACUGUGAUAACAUAUUACUCAUCUUGCAUAAUCCAUCAUGAUGACUUCAGAGCAAGAUACUAAUCAGAAAGAAUCUCGUCCCGAAUCUGUAACACUAAAGAAAGGUACAUUAUGGCAACAGAGAGACAAGUUUUUCAGUCGAUGGAAAGAAAGGUUUUUCAUUCUAACUAGUGAUUACCUGGCUUGCUUCAAGAAAGCUUCCAAGAUCGGUAUAUCUGAAAUGGGAGGCUUCCUGUAUAAGGUUAAUCUUGCUGAUGUAGAUGACCUUCAGUGGAUCGACAAAAAGCAAGACGGAGUGAUAGCGGUUCGAGUCGGCCAGGAAGAUCAGUUGCUGCUUUGGUCGUCGAAAGGUUUGGAUAACUGGAUGUUUGCACUCAGGGAUGCUGUGAAUCUCAGUAAGGGUCGCCGAGAAGCUCUGCGAAGAUCUCAGACACUGAUGCCACAACUGUCGGAUGGAGGACUCAUAGGGCGGCAUCGUGUCAAUUCUCAUCAUUCAUUAUCAGCUAGUCCUGGCCCACCUUCUCUGGUUCAUUCGGGAUCUAAUUUAGAGCUCUGCAGCAAUGCGGGACCAUUUAUGCGAUCUCUAGUAGAUAAACAUUUCAUGCCUUCAAUUAAUGAAUAUUCUAGAAGAAUGUCUGUCUUGACGGAAGGUGAUUCCAACGGCGAUACCGACUGUGAUGCUGCUUCAUCCUGUGAUUAUUACCCCGUGACACGCCACACCUUCGGUCCCCGCCUGGCGCCCCAGUGCUCUUCCGGCUCACACAGUUCCUUGGUGUCUCUGGGUCGACGGUCCGAGAACGGGCACCUGUACAAGCCCUCUCCCCGCUCCCUGCAGGUGUCUCCGGCCCUCACCCAGAGGUCCCUCUACGCGCAGCAUAUCCUGUCUUCUCCCGAGAUAUCCCAGCCUCCCGACACCAGACGCACAAAGUCUUCAGCUACCUCCGCGACUUCGGAAUUCUCCUUCGUGCACCCGGACUCGCCCGUCGCCGUGUCCUCUCUGCGUCUCAAACACAACCGUCCAGGUGAGAGCAAAAAGACUCAACCGCCGCCACCGCAGGGGCUUCCCGGGAACGGUUAUCGGCCUUCCAGCGUCUACGGGCAACCGUCGCUCCCGGGGAACAACAAGAUGCCUCCCCCGGACGUGGUCCCCUUCGGCCCCGACGAAGCCCGUUCGUCGAUGCCCGAGAGGUCCGCCAAGUGUUACGGUCACUCCAAGUCGGAUUCUAACUACGUCGACGAGCGGCUGGAGCGUUUGCAGUCUAGUACGCAAAAGUCUGUCUUGUCCUAGAGUUUGUGUUCGGUGUCGUCCGUUCGAGGGCGGUUCCGUUUCGGCGGACGUAUCGGUUGUUGCCAGAAACGUGCUACAAAAAUACGUUAGGUUCUCGUUUCGUCGCAUGUCGGCCGGGUGGUGGGUGGCAAGUUGCGUAUGCCUUCGGACCCGGGUUCUGAACACGUGGUCCAAGUGUUUGGUCGGUGGUUUUUCGAGACGCAGAAAAUCGUCUGUUUCCAUGUCGCAUGAUCAUGCGACAUGUAAAAGAUCCCUUCGGGGUAUUUGUUUGGCUUUGAGUGUUCUAGGCAAAAUUAAAUCCCUGAUGCAGUUUUGCAUUAAAAAGUGCCCAUGUGCCUCCUUUUGGUGGGAAACUGGGUAUUAAAAUGCCGUAAGCAGGUAAACA